AUGAAUGUUAAAGAGAAAUCAGGCCCUUGUGAAGUUAAAUCUACGAAAACAAAAGUAACCCAGUCGGCAUCAAUAUCGCCCAGUCGUAUCAGUGCCUCACCCUUACCGCCGUGCAAUUCUUCAUCUUCCUCAUUCUAUCGAGAAAGCUUGUCUACAGAUACUUCAUUAAAGAUGAGCAAGGAAAAUAUUCACACUAGCAUUGACAUUAUUGGACAUGUCGACUCCAGCAAGUCUACAACCACCUACAAGCUGGGAGGUAUCAAGAAGGAAGCCUUCAACUUAAUCGAUAAGGAUGGCUACAGUUGCAUCACAACAAAGGAACUUGGAACAAUUAUGAAAUUGAUUGGGCAAAAUAGAACUGAAGUUGAACUUCAGGAUAUGAUCAAUGAAUUAGAAGUAGAAGGUAAUGGAACCAUCGAUUUCCCAGAAUUUCUAAACCUGUUAACAAGGAAGAUGAACACUCAAAGGGGUGCAAUAUUCACAUAG